AUGGCUUCAGAUAUAGAGUUGAUUUCCACUGCAACUGACUCUUCUGAUGAUGACGAUUUGGAAAUCAUUUCUGUUCGGCCGAAAACAUCUGCCGAUUCACAUAAGAGACCGCGACGAGACGAGCAGGAAUCUGCUAUAAGUACACCUAAAAAAAAGCGCGUACUCGAACAAAACGAAUCCCCCGACGCUUCGUCUUCCUCCGAUGACAACAUCCUCGACGAUGAAUUCAACGAUGGUGAAGCCGCAUACCAACAAUUCAAGAGUCGGAAAAGCAUCCAACGAAAACGAGCCUCCCUAAGCGCGCGUCGAGCACGAAAAGGAAAAGGAAAAGAACAAGAAAGCGAUUCUAAAACAAAAAGAAGAAGGUCAGCGCCCGCUCGCGAUUCACUCGUUGGUCGACUUCCCGCAGAAUCAGCGUCGGCAGCAUCGCGGAAAUCAAAAUGGCCCACGAGAGAUUACACAGAAGACCUCGUAUCCUCCGAAGACGAUUUAAUGGAACAUACACUCCCAGACUUCCUACAACAGCGACGGUCCCAAUUCGAUGCGCGCAUGAACCGUCUCAAGGAAGCUGGGUUGCGAUUACCACCCAACUUUGACAAUGUCGAGUUCUCGGAUGAUGAAAACCUAGAAUUCUUAAAGGAGAAGCCUUCGUUUAGAGACGUGGUGCCCCCGAAGCCAUACCAGGAUGUUCCACUGCCGUUUUCGCUGGGCCUUAUUCCGGCGCCUAUUGCGCAGUGGUUGAGGGAUUAUCAGGUUGAAGGGGCUGCCUUUCUUCAUAAGCUGUUUGUUUAUCAAAAGGGUGGCAUAUUGGGUGAUGAUAUGGGCUUGGGUAAAACGGUGCAGGUCAUUGCCUUUCUCACCGCGGCGUACGGCAAAACGGGAGACGAACGAGAUAUGAAACGGAUGAGGAAACUGAGGCGCAGUGGAGAUAAUGUUUGGUAUCCUUGCACAUUGAUCGUGUGUCCUGGCACACUGAUUGAGAACUGGAAGUCCGAGUUACAGCGCUGGGGAUGGUGGGCCGUUGGAGUGUUUCAUGGUGAUAGAAAGGAAGAAGCGCUGCAAGCUGCCAAGGCUGGUAGAUUGGAGAUUCUUAUCACGACAUAUGUGACGUAUCGCAUGAAUAAGGAUGCGAUUAAUAUGGUGGAAUGGGACUGCGUGGUUGCCGAUGAAUGCCACCAAAUCAAGGAGCGGAAGUCUGAGACCACUAUAGCGAUGAACGAGAUUAAUGCCCUGUGUCGAAUCGGGCUUACGGGCACGGCCAUUCAGAACAAGUACGAGGAGUUGUGGACACUCUUGAACUGGACGAAUCCGGGAAAGCUGGGCCCGGUUACCGCGUGGAAGAGAGCUGUCGCAGACCCUUUGAAGAUCGGUCAAUCCCACGAUGCUACUUUAUAUCAACUGAGCAAAGCACGGAAGACGGCUAAGAAGCUUGUCCAAAAUUUGCUUCCGGAGUUCUUCCUUCGACGUAUGAAGACGUUGAUCGCGGAUCAGCUGCCCAAAAAAAGCGAUAGGGUAGUUUUCUGUCCGUUAACAGACACUCAAGCCGAUGCCUACGAGAACUUCUUGAAUAGCGAUGCACUGGUCUAUAUCAAGAAUGCAUCAGAAAUGUGUGACUGUGGCUCACGAAAGAAAUCCGGCUGGUGCUGCUACAAAUUUCUACCGUCUGGCCAGAAAUGGCAAAACUACGUGUUUCCAGCUAUACAGAAUCUGCAGAAACUUAGCAAUCACCUUGCGAUUCUCAUACCUCAAGGACAAGACCCGCGCGAAAAGCAAGACAAAGACCUAGAAAUGCUACAACUUGCGGUUCCGGAUCAAUGGCGCGAGCUCUAUCAAACUCGAGACUCGAUUAUCAACUAUGCCAACCCAGAAUUCUGUGGGAAAUGGAAAGUCCUCCGCAAGCUGUUGAAAUGGUGGCAUGCCAAUGGCGACAAAGUCCUGGUGUUUUCACAUAGUGUUCGACUUUUGAAAAUGCUUCAAAUGCUUUUCAAUCACACGAGUUAUAAUGUCAGCUACCUGGACGGAGCCAUGUCUUACGAAGACCGAGCGAAAGUUGUUGAUGAGUUCAACUCAGAUCCUCAACAAUUCGUGUUUCUGAUUUCGACGCGUGCAGGAGGUGUUGGGCUAAAUAUUGUGUCUGCUAAUAAAGUCGUUGUGGUCGAUCCUAAUUGGAACCCUUCUCAUGAUCUACAAGCGCAGGACCGGGCGUAUCGAAUAGGACAACAUAGAGAUGUCGAAGUAUUUCGACUGAUUUCUGCAGGCACAAUCGAAGAGAUUGUCUAUGCUCGUCAGAUCUACAAACAGCAACAGGCUAAUAUUGGAUACAAUGCCAGCACGGAACGAAGGUAUUUCAAGGGAGUGCAGGAGAAGAAGGACCAGAAGGGUGAAAUCUUUGGUCUUUCUAACCUAUUCGAGUAUCAGAAUAACAAUAUUGUUCUGCGAGAUAUAGUCAAUAAGACCAAUAUUGCCGAGAAUAAAGCCGGUGUGCAAGUCGUCGGCGUUGAGUUGGAACAGGACGAGGACGCAGAUGUACCCGACAAUGUGACAGUCCGAUCUGGCAGUACGGGUGAUGACGAUGAUGACGGGACCAUCAGCCAGAUAGCGGCUUUGAUUCGUGGUGAUACUCCAUCAUCGACUACAGCAACUACAACCUCAUCCCUUCAAGAAAGCAAAAAACACGACCCAAUACACGCCAUCCUCGCCGGUGCCGGCGUUGAAUACAGCCAUCUCAACAACGAAGUCAUCGGCUCUUCCAAAGUCGAAGAACGUCUCAGCCGUCGCGCCGAACAGGCCAAUGACCCAUUACAAGGCGACAUGCAAGUAUUCAACUCAUCCUCUCAACCCAACAACACACUCACAAGCAACAAGUUAAGUAAUUACGAAAACCUGAAAAUACGCACCAGAGACGGCAGCAAGACAAUCAAAUUCAAGUUCCGUCCUCCGGAAGACGUGCGCAAACGCCAGUUUUGCAGCAUGGCGCAGAAAUUCGGGUUUCCGAAUGCGACCGAGUUUGCGCUUGUGGUUGAAGGAAUGACGCAGGCGCAGAGACGGGCUUGUCUUGAGAGGUGGUAUAGGGAUAGGAGGGAGAUGCUUCUCAAGGAAGGGGAGCAGGAUGUUGAGAUUCAAGAAGUUGAGGUGGAGGUUAAGUCUGAGGAGAAUGUUAAGACUGAAGGGGGCGGCUAG